AUGGCCAUUGAAUCCGCCGAAGUGCUGCUCCUAUCCGUGGACAUAGCAGCCGACCUCGACUUCUGGACCUCCUCUGCCCUCGGAUUCCGCAUGGAUCACGUCUUCCCCGCCGACGACCCUCGCGUAGCCUGCUUGUCAGGCCACGGUCUGCGCCUGCGCCUAGCUAAAUCACCCGGCGCAGCUCCAACCAGCAAUCCAAGUACAAUCCGCCUCCUUCACUCAGGAAAGCCCCCGCAACAACCCAGCCUCAUCUCCCCCUCGGGCGUGCACGUCGAAUUCCACCCCUCCACCCUCGCUUUCCCCUCCCCGCCUACUCAACACUCAUUCUCCACCCGGCGCCUGCUCGACAAUGCCCCCUGGAUCAUCGGCCGGGCGGGAAUGCACUACCGCGACCUGAUCCCCACGCGCCUAGGCGGCUCCAUCAUAGCCUCGCACAUCCGCAUCACGGACCCAGGGCCCGUGCCGGACCGCGUUCACUUCCACACCGUCGGGUUCCAGCUCAUAUUCGUCCUCAAAGGGUGGGUGCGCGUGGUGUAUGAGGACCAAGGGCCGGCGUUUAUUAUGCGCGGAGGAGAUUGCGUUAUUCAGCCGCCUGGGAUUCGACAUCGGGUUUUGGAGUCCGGGGACGGGGUUGAGGUUGUGGAGGUGGGGGUUCCGGCGGAGCAUCUUACGACUAUUGAUCAUGAGAUGGUGUUGCCUAAUGGAAGUGAGGUGGUCGGGGAUAGGGAGUGGGAGGGGCAGAGGUUUGUGCGGAGUAUGGCUGUUGAUGCGGUGUGGGGGAAUUGGAGGGUGGAGGGCUUUGAGGCGAGGGAUACGGGAGUGAGGGCGGGGACGAAGGGAAAGGCGAGCGUGAAUGUUGUGAGACCUGUGAUGGGGAUGGGUAAAGGGGGGGCGGUGAGCAGUCAUGAUGCGGAUAUUUUGUUCGAUUUUGUCCUGUCAGGAUCAUGCACCCUUCAAGUUCAAGACAAUGGUCGACACAGCUUGACGGAGGGCGAUGCUUACACCCUUCCGCCGGGAUACAAGGCCAGUCUGAAUGACAUGUCGAAAGACUUCACUCUGUUGGAGGUUUCUCUGCCGGGAGGCUUUAGUACCACGGCACAUCCAGAGGUGCAGCUCGCAUGA